CUGGAUUUAAUGGAUAAGGCAUUUAAUUUUUUUUUUUACUAACCUAAAAUGUAUUUGUUUACUGCAUGAUGCUUCAAUUACAAUAUAUUGUAACAGAGCUCCUUCAGUUGUUCAGCUAUAUAAAUCCCUAAAGUUGCUUGUUUGUUUCUUUUUGUUUUUUUAGCUAAAUACACGUGGGGAAUCGUCUGGAAAGCGGCAAGAUGUCCUACAACUUUCAGACCGAUCACGAUUUAAUCAAUGUAUUCAAAAAGCAAGAAUCACAGGGAUUUUUCUUCAAGCUGCAGAACAUACUGAAGAUGAUAAUCUUUCCGAAUCAGGAUACUCAAUGGAUUUAGAUGCCCUCGUACCUACUCAUGAUGAACAAGGCCGUACAAUACCUGAAUGGAAGAGGCAGGUGAUGGUUAGAAGACUUCAAACUCACUUGGAAGAAGAAGCUAAACAGAGUGAAUGGAGGUAUUCUCGUUCCAGGGGUGCCCUGCUGGGCCCCUAUGGGGAACUAAUCACUGAGCAGGAACUUUGUGUAUUUGAUGGACAAAUGGAAGAACUUCGGCGACGCAGAGAGUGUCAGAAGUAUGAGAGGCAACUAAGAAGGCAAGUGAGGCAACUGCAAGCUCUUCUUCCUGCACCCAUGGUUAACGUCAGCAUCAAUGCUGAGCUCCUCGAUCAGAAAGAGGAUCCUGAAUGGUGUACAUGCAUGACAAAUGUGAUUGACAGUAUGUCCAACCUUCUUUCCACCACUAAUGGAGACUCUGCCACUGAGAUAGUUAAAGCAGGAAGCAAUCGUUCUUCAUCACAUUCUCCAAUAAGAGAACUUGUACAGUGCGGUGUAUCAGUAAAAAGACUUAGAGUUCAGUUUGAAAAGCAGCAACCAGGAGGACGGUCUCCUGUCAAGUCAUCUAAAGUAAAGCGACAGUCAGAAGAUGCCAGUGAUUCUGGAGUAAGUUCAGAAGAUUCCACAUCUCUUAGGGCUUCCCCUAUCCCCCCUCGGUCACUAAGGAAAGAACGCAUUGUCCUUCUGUUUCUAAGCCACUGGAAGAGGUCUGCAUACUCCCUACAUGCUACAUUGAGGGCUACAGAGAGCAUAGACUCCCAGGAAACUGUGUCAGACAAAUCUCAACACCAUUCAGAUAAUUCUAAUGGUGUUCCUAAUAUAAGCCAAAUGACCAAUAAUGUGAAAGAAAAAACUGAAAACAAAUGUGAUACUGAAAUCUCAAACAGGGUACCUACUAAAAAUGAACCAAGAGAAAGUUGCCAGCAAGUAAUGGUAAGUAUUGAGGGAAAUGGCUUGACUCAAGACAAUGAAGAAAUAAGGAAUGGACAUGGUUUACAACAGGAAGAUUCCCCACGUGUAGGAAAACUUAUAGAACAACUGUUAAAGCAAAGAUCAACUGUUCAGCGCCUAAUUGGAACCUGGAAAUCCAUUCCCCCAAGUGACACUAAAUGUACUGAAAAUACUCCCAUAAUUCAAUCUCCUGAACAGUUUGUGUCAACAUCACACAAUCAGACUCCUAAUCAUGAUAGUCUUUCAUUGGACUUGUUCAUGUUGGGCUACUUUAGACUACUUGAACAGGACUUGCCAGAAGAAGAACGAAGGAUGAGGCACCUGCUAUGUUUUGAAGUUUUUGACCAACUAGGACGCCAUGGUUGGCCAACUGCUAGAGAAUUUCACUGUACUGUCUUACAGGAGAUAGCCACAGGACAACGGACUUGGUUUGAUGGCUUUGAGGACAUUAAGGUCAGAUUCUUUGGGAAUGGCACAGACCAGAUGGAAAAUCAGAAAUUAAAAUUAAACAAGACUGUCCAGCCAUCUGAUGGCAAUGACAUAUAUCAGUGUAUUGACAGAAGCUUCUCAUUCUGGAAGGAGAAAGAGGCUGAAAUAUUUGGAGUUGAGUCAUAACUAAAGGGUAACAUAGCAGUGAGAAAAUACUGUAGCUGAAAUUAAAUUUCAGCACUUUGUAGUCACUGGUACAUGUUUAGUAAGUGGUGAUACAACUAUAUAUACUCUUUUAGUAAAUGGACUAGUUUUUAUUAUAAUCCAGCCAACAAUUUGUGUGUGUUGUAAACUAAGUUUUAUAACAUAUACAGUAUAUAUAAAAAUGUGGUAUAUAUGGAAGGCAAUGAUAUUCUCACCUGUUAAAAUAUAUUUUGGAACCAGUGCAAUGACUUUACAUAAGUCCCAAACCCAUUUAUUAUGAAAUGUAUACCUGCUAUUGGUUCACAUAUCUCACUAAUGUUAGAAAAUUUGAUGUGUUAUAAGUAAUAUUUUACCCCCAACUAAAAAGGAUAUUUGGAGACACUGAAAAAUUCCAGGGCCAAUUUAAAGGUACUUUGCUUGCUUUGACUAGAUUUCACGCAUUGCAUAUUUCUCACAUGCUUUCAAGGGGAUAGGAGAAGAGGGAGCAAAAUAGAUGGAAGCUCAUCGAAGACAGAUUUUUAAAGUAGGACUAAACUGUAUCUGAACACCACAUACUAUAAAAUCUAUUUAAUAAAUAUUUAUAUUUCAAUAUUUAUUAUUCAAAGCAAACUAACCCAUCCAUUCGUGUCUCAAUGCUUUAUUUUGUUUAGAAAUCACUUAUAUAAAUCACCCCCUAGCAUUUCUAGUCAUGGCAGUAUUGAGUAAGGGCAGAUCGUUCA